CCGUGGGAUCGGUCUCCCCGAAUUGAGGCUGCGCUCUCUCGAAACGAUCAUGCGAUUGAAUGACGAGCGCGUCAUGCUUGUCUUCCCCCUCUUCUGUCCUGUGCGAUCAGUGGCUCUGUGUUCCGCAGUCCCCUGGGAUACUGUACCGCCCUCGAUGGCUCUGCUAUCGGCGCUCCGCUCACACUGAAUGGCAGCCUGGAGCAGGGGAACGCGGGGAGAGAGAGCGCUGCUUCUUUGAACCGACGCUCUGCAUCAGCUUCCCAGCGAGGGGAAGACCCUUUGGUGGUGUGCGUAGGCGCACCAUGGCCCAGACCCUCCAGAUGGCGAUCCCAAACUUUGGCAACAAUGUUUUAGAGUGUCUGAAUGAGCAGCGGCUGCAGGGCCUCUACUGUGAUGUCUCCGUGGUGGUCAAGGGCCAUGCCUUCAAGGCCCAUCGAGCUGUGCUGGCUGCUAGCAGUUCUUAUUUCCGGGACCUUUUCAGCAGCAAUAGUGGAGGAGGUAGCAGCAAUGAGACGAGCCCGACCGUAGUGGAGCUUCCGUCAGCUGUGCAGCCCCAGAGCUUCCAGCAGAUUUUAACUUUCUGCUACACAGGACGUCUCAGCAUGACGGUGGGGGACCAGUUCCUCCUCAUGUAUACUGCAGGCUUCCUGCAGAUCCAGCAGAUCAUGGAAAAAGGCACUGAAUUCUUCCUCAAGGUCUCCUCACCCAGCUGCGACUCCCAAGGCCUUCACGCUGAGGAGGCCCCACCUUCUGAGCCACAGAGCCCUGUAACGCAGACCAGUAACAGUGCAGCCCGGCCGACCUCCUGCCUGACGCCGCUCUCUCUGGUAUCACGAGUGAAGACAGAGCAGCCAGCUAGCCAGCCGGAAGCAGCCACUCCUUACUCAGUAGUCUGCACUCCUGUAGCCAAGCGGCUGUGGGAGGGUGGCAGCAGCCGAGAUGGAGGUGGGGGAGGCUCUGGGGGAGGAGGAGGGGCCAGGAAGGCGGCCCGUUAUUCCCAGGAGGCGGUGCGGGGCAGUGCGAUUCAGAGCCCCGGAGCCCUCGGACUGGCCAUGGGCAUGGGUGCCACUGCGACCGGCCUUGCGGGCAUGGUGGCCGGCGGCGGGCUUAGUGGCAGUGUCGGCACCAAUGGCGGCUCUGCAGCAGGUCUGGGCAUGUCAGAGGGCGCCAGCCCCGGCACCCUGAGCACCUACGCCAGUGACUCACCUAUCAGCUACCACGAUGAUGAAGAAGAGGAAGAGGGGACAGAUGAAAGCGCUGAAGAGCAGUACAGGCAAAUCUGCAACAUGUACACCAUGUACAGCAUGCUCAACAUGGGAGCUGCAGCUGCUGGCGAGCGCGUUGAGGCUCUACCGGACCACACAGAGACACGGGGUCGGAUGCGAGGCAGAGACCUUACGUGUCUCCCUGCAGAACUCAUCGCUCAGAUAGGCAACCGCUGCCAUCCCAAACUGUACGAGGAAGGAGACCCUGCUGAGAAACUAGAGUUAGUCUCAGGUACUUCUGUGUAUAUAUCGCGAGCCCAGCUAAUGAACUGUCAUGUGAGCGCAGGGACCAGACACAAGGUGCUGCUGAGGAGGCUGCUGGCUGCCUUCUUUGACAGGAACACUCUGGCCAACAGCUGUGGAACAGGCAUCCGCUCGUCCACCAAUGACCCGAGCCGCAAGCCCCUGGACAACAGAGUUCUGCAUGCGGUCAAAUUUUAUUGCCAGAACUUUGCCACCAGCUUCAAAGAGAGCGAGAUGAACGCCAUCGCAGCCGACAUGUGCACCAACGCCCGGCGCGUGGUCCGUAAGAGCUGGAUCCCCAAGCUGAAGCUACUGAUGGCUGAGAGCGAUGCCUACACCGCUUUCCUUCCUGACGGCGUCAAGAUGGAGGAUGACACCCUGGGGCCGGAUCCGACCUUCGACCCCACCUCUCUGGAGGCCACCGGCGGUGCUGGCUUGGAGUCGGGUGGCUCUUCAGGUGAAUCGCUACCGGGUGUGGGCGGGGACGGAGGACCGUUAUUUUGAACUUUGUGUCUGGGGGAAGGUUGAAAUUUGGUGACACGUAUACCAGUAUUCCCCAGUUCUGCUUGCCUCCUCACUCUUUGGCCCACGCUGAUUUCUCACAUCUGACUGUCUAUACUACACUGCUAGGGUCAACCGUUGUUGUUACCCUGAUGUAACCAGGACAUGAAAACUUAAACUUUUGCUUUAUGACUGUACAAUGGAGUAGUUGAGGAAAGGGAGAGAGUAAGAGGAUGUUAAGUUUUCUCCUAACUGCCCUCUGCCUCCCCUUGUCUUUUUAAGGUGUGUAAGCGCAUCCACUGUUGCAUAUUAAAUACAUUCCCUGACAUGCAGGUGGUGGGGGGGAGUGGCCCGUGCAGCCUGAGGAGGAAGGGAUGGCUGGAUGGACAGGCUAGGAGUAGAGGUGGCGAGUGUAUUGAAUGUAAGUGUCAGUGGCAUUUUUCUCUAUGCAAGCCUGACAACUUUUAUUCCAGCCUCAGAAAAGGAACUAAAUUUAGACACAAUAAUAAAAUGCGUUAACACUACCUGCUCUUCCUCCCCUUGCACCUUCCACUCAUCGACCUGCAAGUAUUCUUCACCCCACAUCACCUCUCUUGAGACCAGAGAAUCUCACCAGAGUGUUUCACUGUGCGGUGUCUUAUAGGACUAUAUCUCAUCUUUCUGUUUUCUAAAUCUCUAGCAUGUUUGUCGGUCUACAAAACUGAACAGUGAUCCAGAGAGACGGGGAAAGCUUUUUACUGAGAUGAUUGUAAAGAAAAUUUAAGGGCAACAGGUAAUCAGAGAUGGUCAUAUUUUUAGAGGAUAAACUAUAUUUAUACAAGUGUCCAUGCCGAGAACGGUGUGGGCAAAGAGAGUGACAGGGAUUGUUUUAAAAUCUCGAUCUUCACGUUUUAUUGAAAGAGGUCUUGUCAAAUAAGUGAAAAGUGCUAUUUUUGCAGAAAAAAGGAGUUUAAUAAAGCAGUCUUAUCAUAGGACCCUUAGUCAUUUAUUUUUAUCUUUGUUUGACAGUGCAGAGUGAUGGAAUGAGCAGUUGAACUGCUAAGUUCGAAGCAUUUCAUCUUCACAAGCUUAAAAGGAAUAAUAAGACUGAUUCAGCUGGCUUGACUGUUGUCUAUGAUACCAUUUCUUGUUAAGGUUGUGAACCUGCAGCGUGUGCCACCUUCGAUAAAACAUUGGCCCACAAUUUUGAAGAUGACUUGGAGAAUUACAAAGGUUAUAUCGAUCUGACAACUCAGCUAGUUUCUUCUUUGUACUGAAAUUACUGAAAAGAAAAAAAACUGCUGACGUUUUUGUGCAAAUGCAAAAGUCCCAGGAAAUAAUGAUGGAAUAUUGGAACGUGCCUUUUAAUUGAAAUCAAUAAGCAGAAGCCUGGUGGGUACAGUGACGUCAUGAGGAAUAUUGCUCGAAGCUACAGUAAUAGGUUUAAUGGUACUAUCCAUGUGUGUGUGUCAAACAGUUCUGAGGUAAAAGAGAGUCUGUAUUGAGUGGCUGUGUCUUUUGGUAUGUAGUUUUUUCAUGUAUCUAAUACACCACCUCUUUAAUUUUGCACCUUCCAUGAGCGGUAGAGUGGAGGUUUCUGCACCUUAAUGAGAAGAACCAGUGGUUCAUGCACCUUUUUGAGACGUGUUGUGUAGCAACUGAACCCCUGUAGGUGGAACUUGUCUUUUUUUUCCAUGCCAGCCUGUGUUUCUUGUUUAGAAGUGGCACAAACUCCUACUGUAAAUAAUCAAGAAGACUGUUAAGUUGAGUUAAAUCCCAAGUGUUCUUCCUUUCUGUUGCUGGAUGCGUCUGAUUAUGAAAUGUCAACAACUGAACUGAGCUUUUUUUUUUUAUGUGAAAGUUUGUGUCUGCUGGAAACUUUUUGAAUGCAUGGUGACCUGGAGAUCACAGGUCAGUACAGGGGAUUCAUUAUUCCUGUUGCAGGUGGGUCUGGGCAUAACUUAGGAAUGUGUUCUUAACCUGAAAUGCUCUCACAGACGACUCAUGACUUUCUCCGUCUGGAAAAGAGGGAUUUUUUUUUUUUCUGAAGACAGGUACGACGUCAAAACGGGGAAAGAGUUAAUGCUUCUCAUUCAAGGCAGUUGAGUCAAUCUUAUUGAGAAAAUAAGUAGAGGCAUGAAAGAUAAAGCUCAACCUAUUUUCAUUAUUGAUUAAAAUUCUAUGGAUGUGUUUGCCUAAAAGGUUUGACCUGAGGGUAUAUGGACAGAACAAAAAUGCAGUACCUUGUAAGUAUUCUGUUAAGAUAAUGACAACAAAACCUCAGUAAGCUUUGCAUUUGACUGUAGAUGCCACAUGAGCACCCCUCCCCCACUUACCUCUCCAGUGUCUCUGAAGACUGUUGUGCUUCCUGUCCUUCAUGCAGCUGGUGUCAUGUUUCACCUCCACAAGUUUAUUCAUGUGUUUCAGAGAGAGGCAAAGCAGUGGUUUUAGGGAGCUGAAUCUGAAUUAUUAGAUGUAUGCUUAAUUUGCGUAGUGGCUUAUUACCGAGCCAAGUUUACACAAGUUCAACACAACUCAUGUUACAUCGUCAUGCCCCCCAACCUUUUUUUUUUUUGUUCAUUAUGGCAGUACUCAAGUUAUGCUCUGCCAGGUGUAUUUUCAGCUACCAUGAUCCAUUAAAUAGUAUAUAACAGGAUUUUCUACAGAAAACUUAUCUAAAAAUCUAAAUAAAUCCACUUUAACAGGAACUCUGGAUUUAAUGUAGGAAGUUUCAGGGACGUUCAAUCUGCAAUGAAAUUGAAUUCUGUGAAGAAUGCAAUACCUCAUUUAGCAUAAUGUCUACUAAAUCUGUCAAUGUUCCUGCCUAAAGAAGCAAAACAAGGUAUGACGUUAGCCAAUUUACUGUUCAAAUGUCUGAAUUUAGUUCCACUACCACGGGACUGUUAUUGAUUGUGUCCUUCACAGUGGUGUUAAUGAAACCAGAAUACCAUUACCACUGACACCCUUAGAAUAACAGUGAGUCUCCCACAUAGAUCAAAAAGUAAAAGGAAACUUUAAAGGCGAGAAACAACAAGGGCUUGAAUGAGUUAUACACAGUGACCUUCUCCAUUCUGACUCACUUACUAGAGCUGAAAUAUCACCAGUGAAUCAGCAUUGAUUCCAAGGAAGCCACGUUAGUCUGCUUUCACAGCACAGCAGCUCAGCCCAAAUCCAAAAAUGUCCACAAAGCACCAUUGACCCAGUCAGAAUAUCCUGUUGCGCCUCAUGAGCCUGGUCUAGAAGCACGGGUUUAGGGCCUGUGUUGCGAUGAGUUGAACGAGUAAAGUAGAAGUAACUGUGGGUACAGUAUGUGUCAGGGCCAACUCAAGUAAGUGUUCAAAAAGUCCCUCACACACAACCGAUUGCACAGUGCUUGUAUGCGCAGUAGGUGUGUGUGGUUGUGUUUUACUUUGUGUGCAUUUGAGAAUAGAAAGCUUUCAUUUUUAGUACGUUCUCAGCAAACUGUAAUUUCUGUACCUUUCAACGUUUUUGUUUACUCUUCACAAAACAUGUAGACCUACACACUUGAAUGGAUAAGGUGUGGCACGGCAUGGGGAACCUUUUGUCACUAAACAGUGCAUACAUAAAUAUGAUUAUACACAUGUAUAGAUAAAUACUGUAUAUUAUAUAUAGACGCACACAUAGAGGUCAGAUUGUUUGUUGUGCACUCGCAGCAUGAGGUAUAUAUUUACCCAGAAACAGCGCUUCUUCACAACCUGUGCAGUAAUUGGUCUGCCCAUGUCUUUGCCCCAGCUCCUUACCCUCUGUAACCCUGUAGCGCCAGUGGACAUCCUGUACCGCUCAUCCUAUUCUUUCUGUGUUCCAAGUGCCAAUAACUUUGUGAAAGCCCUGUAACUGUGACCCAACAUUAUCAAAGGUAAUUGCACAUUAACGACUGUAAAGUAAAUAAAUACAAAUCAUAGAGAAAAUGUCAAAUGGAUUAAAUAAUGAAUAUCUUAAUAAAAGAUU